CAAUCCUCGCCGUAUGUCACCACACCCGUCACAGUAGGUUUCGGUUGGCAGAUCCGCCAGUCAAGUAAAAAGUUCUUAUCAGUUCCUCUUACUUUGAGUUCGAAUUGUUCACCGCGAAGUGAACGCUAUUACCUAGGCCGGUAAUUUAUUAAAAAAUGGAACAAGAAAUCAAAUUGUUUACUCGGGAGGAACUCAAAUGCCGCAAUACACGGGAAGACGCGAUCCUCAUUAUCCACAACGGUGUCUAUGAUGUGACAAAGUUUCUUGAAGAGCAUCCCGGCGGCGAGGAGGUGCUGCUGGAGCGUGCGGGGCAGGACGGCACCGACCCCUUCGAGGAUGUCAGCCACAGCUCCGACGCCAGGUCGCUGAUGCAGCAAUACAAGAUCGGCGAGCUGGUGGAGGCGGACCGCACGCAGAGCAAGGCCGCCUUCCCGCAACAGUGGACCAACGACACGCCGCGCGAGCUGGGCAACGCGUGGAGCUCGUGGGUGGUGCCGCUGGCGCUGGCGCUGGCCGCCACGCUGCUCUACCGCUACCUGUUCGGCUAGUGCCCCGCGCCCCGCACCCCGCACACCACGCCCCGCGCGCCGCACUCCCAACUCGCUCCACUAGCAACACCACGUGUUUAUCUAACAUUUAUGGCUGAGUUCUCGUAACUGUGCGGGAACAAGUUCGCGGGGUACAAGAUCAAUAGAAAUGGUAGUAAUCGUUAACAUUACUGAAGUAACGCUAAAUAUAUCACAUUAGACAUUGGGUACAAACUCCACGUUUAACAGUGAAAUGGAUAACUAGAGAAACGUGUAGUAUGUAAACGCUGGGGGGUGGUGGUACGAUAUGGUAUGUAUUCGCUAGUAUCAUUUAGGAAUGUAUAUCCUCAUCGUCGAGAAGGCGAGAAGCAGCGGUUAGUGCCUUUUCCGUAUAAAAAAACGGAACACAGCGCAAGAAAGAUACUUUCCUCAAUACAAGAUGUGAGAGGGGCGCGGCAGGGCCUUUAGCUUAAGAGAUUUGCCAAGAAAUAUACCUCACUCGAUUUUAGCCUUUUAGUACAGUACCUACCAUUAUUUAUGUUACUAACUAGUAACUAAUAGACGUUGUUUUUUGUAACAAAAAGGCUGCGCCCUGAGUGAGUUAAAACACACUUUAAUUCAAAUUGUAACAAGUUGCAUAUUUUGUAUACAUACUUAUUAAAUUGUAUGCUUAUUCAUGCUACACUAAUUUAAUGUUGAGUACACGUUCAAAAGACUUCCCUACAAGGAGAGGGUAGUCAGUGAUGUCCCCUGCCCGGACAGUUUGCUUGUAUUUUUGGAAUGUUUACAUCGCAAAGUGGAGUAACAAUUAUUUACACGUCGCCGUAAUAUUGUACAUUUACGGUCUGUACCUACUUUCUGUACUUUAUGCCAAUAACUCCUGUGACCGAAAACUGACGUAAAAUAUUUCGUCACUAGUGUAUUUUAAGUUAAGAAUAAUGUGUAAAAAGCGAAUGAAAAAAACAUAGAAAACUUCCGAAAUUUACCAAAAUAUCCAGUACCUUAUGUGUUUAUCCAGACUAUGCCAGAUUUCAGCAAGAUCCAAGCAGCCGUUGAGGACAAACAAACAUCCAUCCAUCAUAUUUGUGAGAUUUUCUGGCAACACAUGAAUAUUUAAAGACCUUAAGUAUUUCAUACAGCUUCAUAAAGUGAAUUCUCAAAGAUUUUGUUUAUAAUUAUUUUUCUAUGUUUCAUUUGUUCAUUGAAUAAAUAUAAUAAGCUAUGGAAAUGUGCUAAUAUGGUUUUAAACUUUGUUCCUUACUAGAAUGUAAGAUAUCUUUCAUAUGUUAGGGGAAAUAAUUGAAAUAAUGAUGCUGUAUGUUUGGGAAUUUGUUUAUUUACUUGAGCGCUUCUCCAACACUUCCAUAUGUGGGGCGGGUGGUGGUGGUGGUGGUGUUGGUGCUUCCUCAGCAGCUGCGUCACUUCACCUUUUAUGAUAAUACAAUUAUUGCACAAAAGUAUAAAUUUAUAUUUGGUUAACUUUGUCCGUGAAUCAUUGUAAGUAAAUUUAAUGAAACAUAUUUUGUAAACACAUUCCUAAUAACAUAACAAGUGCUAUUAUUUUAUUUCAAACAUUGUAUUAAGAUAACCUUUAAAGUUGUGUUUGUGCAUUUUGUUCUACUUUUAUUUGGGUGUUUUUAAACAGAACAGUGUUGUGAUCAAUUCCAUUUAGUUUAAUGAGUCAAACGUUUUUUAUAAAAGAUGUAGAUCACAUUUUAUGUUGUUUUAUUUUUGACAUAUUUUAUAUAAACUACAUGUACUGAAA